UAGGCUUCUCUGGUCAGUUGGGCGGGAGGGAGGCAAAGGGACGGCAGGGCCUCGCUUCGUCUCCUCGCGUUUUCUAGGGUUCUGCAAAUGGCGGCCCGCAUGCCCCCCUGCGUGGUCGACGGCGGCACCGGGUACACAAAACUGGGUUAUGCAGGGAAUACAGAACCACAGUUCAUUAUCCCAUCAUGUAUUGCAGUAAGAGAAUCAGCAAAAAUAGGUGACCAAGCACAGAGGAGGCUGACACAAGGAGUUGAUGAUUUAGAUUUUUUUAUUGGUGAUGAAGCCCUAGAAAAACCAACCUAUUCCACAAAGUGGCCUAUACGACAUGGUAUUAUAGAAGACUGGGAUCUUAUGGAAAAGUUCAUGGAGCAAGUUAUUUUUAAAUAUCUUCGGGCUGAACCAGAGGACCACUACUUCUUAAUGACAGAACCACCAUUGAACACUCCUGAAAACAGAGAAUAUCUUGCAGAGAUCAUGUUUGAAUCUUUUAACAUACCGGGACUUUACAUUGCUGUUCAGGCAGUGUUAGCUUUAGCUGCAUCUUGGACUUCCCGACAAGUUGGGGACCGUACCUUAACAGGAACGGUUAUUGACAGUGGUGAUGGAGUGACCCAUGUAAUUCCAGUGGCAGAAGGCUAUGUAAUUGGCAGCUGCAUCAAACAUAUUCCCAUUGCAGGUAGAGAUAUAACAUAUUUCAUUCAACAACUCCUAAGGGAGAGAGAGGUGGGAAUUCCUCCUGAACAAUCAUUGGAGACAGCUAAGGCCAUAAAGGAAAAGUACUGUUACAUUUGCCCUGACAUAGUAAAAGAAUUUGCCAAAUAUGAUGUAGAUCCACGAAAGUGGAUAAAGCAAUACACAGGCAUCAAUGCAAUCAACAGCAAUAAGUUUAUUAUAGACGUUGGUUAUGAAAGGUUUCUUGGGCCAGAAAUCUUCUUUCAUCCAGAGUUUUCCAAUCCAGACUUUAUGGAAUCGAUUUCUGAUAUUGUUGAUGAAGUUAUACAGAACUGCCCUAUUGAUGUAAGGCGUCCUUUAUAUAAGAAUGUGGUUCUUUCGGGAGGCUCCACGAUGUUCAGGGAUUUUGGACGUCGGUUACAGAGAGACUUGAAAAGAGUAGUUGAUGCUCGACUGAGAAUCAGUGAAGAGCUCAGUGGUGGCCGGAUAAAGCCCAAACCUGUUGAAGUUCAAGUGAUCAGUCAUCCCAUGCAGCGCUAUGCAGUCUGGUUUGGAGGUUCUAUGCUCGCGUCAACAAAUUCUUUGAAGUAUGCAACACCAAGAAAGAUUAUGAGGAAUAUGGUCCUAAUAUUUGUCGCCAUAAUCCUGUUUUUGGAAUUAUGUCUUAAUCCUCAUUGCAUGGUGAUAUCUGCUGUUGUGUUUGGUGGAGAUCCUUGUGGUUACGAGGAGAAGGGAGUUCUUGAAGUUGUAACUACCGAAACAUGGUGUGUUGUGGAGAUCCAGUGGACUCCAGGAAGAAUACUACAGUCCCACCGAAUGUACUGAAAUCAGGCAUAGCAGUGCAUUGAGCAACCCAGAACCAUUUCUUGACUGCUUCUUAACUGGUUCUCUCCCUUCCUCUGGUUGUGAGCAGAAGUCCGGAUUUGCAGAGACCCUGGAAACAGGGAUUUCAGGUCUAAACAGAGGCCAAAAGAAUUAAAUGAGCCAAAAUAUUGUCACUGUCAAGCUUUUCUGGAACAGGGAAGAGCAUUCAUUGGUUUCCUGUAUUGUUCUCUGGCCUGUAAUCCAGUCUGCAAGGACGAGACUUCUUUUGCAAAUCAGUGCAUUAGUCUUCGUGGAAUUUCUUGCCUCGAGAGUCUUCCUUGAACAGAUUAGAUUUCAGAAACAGGAGCUUUAGUUUAUAGAAAAUUGAAGUACUGUAAUCUUGCAAUACAAAUAUUUUAUGCUGAUAAUUUUGUACUUCAUGACCCUUUGUUGAGGCAGGCUGCCUGAAUUGAGCCCAAGCUGCUAGUGGACAUCAUGGAGGUUGGUGGAAGAGGUCUGAAUUUCCCCUUGAGGCAUGUGUUGGUUAAACAUAAGACGAAUGAAGGGUUUUCUUGGAUUAUGUAUGUGCUUUUUUAAAAAAAUGUACUGAUUUUAUUUUAAUGAUGUUUAUAAGGCUAUGGGAAAAUAGAACAUGAGAUUUAUUGUUUACUUAUUUAUUUUUUAU